CCUGAUGAUUUUGACAUGGCUGCUCUUGUUAGGCCCAGCAGCUCUGGAGGCUAAAUCAGUGCCCCAUCUGCAGCUGGUGAACGGAAGGAACCGAUGUCAGGGUCGUGUAGAGGUCUAUUACAGAGGACGGCUGGGGACAGUUUGUGAUGAUUUCUGGGACCUUGCUGAUGCCCAGGUUGUGUGCAGGCAGCUGGGAUGUGGUGAGGCCAUUGCAGCACUUGGAAGUGCUUACUUCGGGCAAGGCUCAGGUGACAUCUUGCUGGACAACCUGAUGUGCAGAGGAAAUGAGGUCUCCUUGUUUCAUUGCAACCACAACGGGUGGCGUAGGCACAACUGUGCCCACUAUGAAGACGCUGGUGUUGUCUGUUCAGAGCCUACAACAGAGUGGCCAUAUGCAGAACAAUAUGACUUCCAUACAGACAGCAAUGACUACAGCAACGAUGACUUUAUACCAGUGGUGAGCAUCACAGCAUCAACCCCCCUGGAGACAACCUCCACAUCAGAGGAGACCACAAUAGCAUCAACGAGUCCUGAAAUGGAGACAACAUCCUUAGAGUUCAAAACUGCUGCAACAUCAACAUCCCCUUUGCAGACCACAAAUUGGCUGGAAACAACAGCUCUACAAGAGACAACAACAGCAGCCUAUAGCAAGCAGAUACUCAGCGGAACUGUUCGUUCAGGUGCCUCCCUGAGCCUGGUGAACGGCAGUAACCGGUGUGAGGGCCGUGUAGAGAUUUUCUACUCUGGGGCCUGGGGCACCGUCUGUGAUGACGAUUGGGACCUGCAGGAUGCUGAGGUGGUGUGCAGGCAGCUGGGAUGUGGCUUUGCUUUGUCUGCUCCCUCAAAUGCCCACUUUGGACAAGGCUCAGGCAACAUCUACCUGGACAACGUGCGCUGCGCUGGCAGUGAGUCUUCCCUCCAGGUGUGCCAGCACCGUGGCUGGGGUGUCCACAACUGUGCCCACAGUGAAGAUGCUGGAGUUGUUUGCUCAGCAGCUUCAAACCACACAGCCACUACUGCUCCAACAACACCUACUCCAGGUGCCUCCCUGAGCCUGGUGAACGGCAGUAACCGGUGUGAGGGCCGUGUAGAGAUUUUCCACUCCGGGGCCUGGGGCACCGUCUGUGAUGACGAUUGGGACCUGCAGGAUGCUGAGGUGGUGUGCAGGCAGCUGGGAUGUGGCUUUGCUCUUUCUGCAACAUCAAAUGCCCUCUUUGGACAAGGCUCUGGCCAGAUCUACCUGGACGACGUGCGCUGCGCUGGCAAUGAGUCCUCCCUCCAGGUGUGCCAGCACCGUGGCUGGGGUGUCCACAACUGUCGCCACAGUGAAGAUGCUGGAGUUGUGUGCUCAGCAGCUUCAAACCACACAGCCACUACUGCUCCAACAACACCUACUCCAGGUGCCUCCCUGAGCCUGGUGAACGGCAGUAACCGGUGUGAGGGCCGUGUAGAGAUUUUCCACUCCGGGGCCUGGGGCACCGUCUGUGAUGACGAUUGGGACCUGCAGGAUGCUGAGGUGGUGUGCAGGCAGCUGGGAUGUGGCUUUGCUCUUUCUGCAACAUCAAAUGCCCACUUUGGACAAGGCUCUGGCCAGAUCUACCUGGACGACGUGCGCUGCGCUGGCAAUGAGUCCUCCCUCCAGGUGUGCCAGCACCGUGGCUGGGGUGUCCACAACUGUCGCCACAGUGAAGAUGCUGGAGUUGUGUGCUCAGCAGCUUCAAACCACACAGCCACUACUGCUCCAACAACACCUACUCCAGGUGCCUCCCUGAGCCUGGUGAACGGCAGUAACCGGUGUGAGGGCCGUGUAGAGAUUUUCCACUCCGGGGCCUGGGGCACCGUCUGUGAUGACGAUUGGGACCUGCAGGAUGCUGAGGUGGUGUGCAGGCAGCUGGGAUGUGGCUUUGCUCUUUCUGCAACAUCAAAUGCCCACUUUGGACAAGGCUCUGGCCAGAUCUACCUGGACGACGUGCGCUGCGCUGGCAAUGAGUCCUCCCUCCAGGUGUGCCAGCACCGUGGCUGGGGUGUCCACAACUGUCGCCACAGUGAAGAUGCUGGAGUUGUGUGCUCAGCAGCUUCAAACCACACAGCCACUACUGCUCCAACAACACCUACUCCAGGUGCCUCCCUGAGCCUGGUGAACGGCAGUAACCGGUGUGAGGGCCGUGUAGAGAUUUUCCACUCCGGGGCCUGGGGCACCGUCUGUGAUGACGAUUGGGACCUGCAGGAUGCUGAGGUGGUGUGCAGGCAGCUGGGAUGUGGCUUUGCUCUUUCUGCAACAUCAAAUGCCUUCUUUGGACAAGGCUCUGGCCAGAUCUACCUGGACGACGUGCGCUGCACUGGCAGUGAGUCUUCCCUCCAGGUGUGCCAGCACCGUGGCUGGGGUGUCCACAACUGUGCCCACAGUGAAGAUGCUGGAGUUGUGUGCUCAGCAGCUUCAAACCACACAGCCACUACUGCUCCAACAACACCUACUCCAGGUGCCUCCCUGAGCCUGGUGAACGGCAGUAACCGGUGUGAGGGCCGUGUAGAGAUUUUCCACUCCGGGGCCUGGGGCACCGUCUGUGAUGACGAUUGGGACCUGCAGGAUGCUGAGGUGGUGUGCAGGCAGCUGGGAUGUGGCUUUGCUCUUUCUGCAACAUCAAAUGCCUACUUUGGACAAGGCUCUGGCCAGAUCUACCUGGACGACGUGCGCUGCGCUGGCAAUGAGUCCUCCCUCCAGGUGUGCCAGCACCGUGGCUGGGGUGUCCACAACUGUCGCCACAGUGAAGAUGCUGGAGUUGUGUGCUCAGCAGCUUCAAACCACACAGCCACUACUGCUCCAACAACACCUACUCCAGGUGCCUCCCUGAGCCUGGUGAACGGCAGUAACCGGUGUGAGGGCCGUGUAGAGAUUUUCCACUCCGGGGCCUGGGGCACCGUCUGUGAUGACGAUUGGGACCUGCAGGAUGCUGAGGUGGUGUGCAGGCAGCUGGGAUGUGGCUUUGCUCUUUCUGCAACAUCAAAUGCCUACUUUGGACAAGGCUCUGGCCAGAUCUACCUGGACGACGUGCGCUGCGCUGGCAAUGAGUCCUCCCUCCAGGUGUGCCAGCACCGUGGCUGGGGUGUCCACAACUGUCGCCACAGUGAAGAUGCUGGAGUUGUGUGCUCAGCAGCUUCAAACCACACAGCCACUACUGCUCCAACAACACCUACUCCAGGUGCCUCCCUGAGCCUGGUGAACGGCAGUAACCGGUGUGAGGGCCGUGUAGAGAUUUUCCACUCCGGGGCCUGGGGCACCGUCUGUGAUGACGAUUGGGACCUGCAGGAUGCUGAGGUGGUGUGCAGGCAGCUGGGAUGUGGCUUUGCUCUUUCUGCAACAUCAAAUGCCUUCUUUGGACAAGGCUCUGGCCAGAUCUACCUGGACGACGUGCGCUGCGCUGGCAAUGAGUCCUCCCUCCAGGUGUGCCAGCACCGUGGCUGGGGUGUCCACAACUGUCGCCACAGUGAAGAUGCUGGAGUUGUGUGCUCAGCAGCUUCAAACCCCACAACAACUACUGCUUCAAUAGCCUCUAUCCCAGCAUCUCUGGAUCCAACUUCUCCUGCUGAAUGGCCAAGCACAACAGGCAUCCACCUGCGGCUGUCGGGCGGUCUUAAUGGCUGUGAGGGCCGUGUGGAGCUGGAGCGGGGCAGCAUCUGGGGGACAGUGUGUGAUGAUCUGUGGGACCUGCGGGAUGCCGAGGUUGUCUGCAGGCAGCUGGGAUGUGGCCGACCCAUGGCAGCCCCAGGAAACGCCCGUUUCGGCCAGGGUUCUGGCCCCAUCUUCCUGGAUGAUGUGGAAUGCCGCGGGGACGAGCCCUCUCUCCAGGUGUGCCAGCACAGGGGAUGGGGUGUGCACGACUGCACGCACAGCGAGGAUGCCAGCGUUGUCUGUGCAGCUGCUCCAGAGACCCCAACGCAUCCAUCAGCACCUUAUUUUUGUGGUGGCUCAGUCUCAGGUUCCUCUGGGAUACUGCAAAGUCCCUUCUACCCUGGAAGUUAUCCAAACAACGCUGACUGCGUGUGGGAAAUACAAGUGGAAAACAAUUUCCGUGUUAUGCUCAUGUUUAGAGAUAUUUUGAUGCAAAGCAGCAGGUGUCAGUAUGACUACAUUGAAGUCUACGAUGGGCCUCCACACUCUUCCCCUCUUCUUGGGAGACUUUGUUCUGGUUCCUUUCCCACGUUCAUCUCUUCUUCAAACAUGAUGACCGUUCGCUUCCACAGUGAUUCUAACUACACCUUUGGAGGGUUUCUAGCUCACUACUCCUCCAUUCCAGCAGAUCAGAACACUACUCUUCUGUGCUUGCCAGACUACAUGCACGCAGUGGUUAGCAGGGACUACCUGGAGUCUCAAGGCUACUCGGCUCAGAUGGUCACCCUGAACAACAGCAGCUGUAGGCCAACAAUCACCUCACAGGAGGUGAUAUUCAACAUCCCCUACAAUGGCUGUGGGACAACACAAGAGGAGAACGAUGACACAAUCAACUAUUCCAACAUGAUCAUAAUUACAUCUUCUGGAAACAUAAUCAAGAGGAAAAAGAACAUUCAUUUACAUAUCAGUUGCAAGAUGCUACACAACACAUGGAUGAAAGUGAUGUAUGCUGCUGAGGAUACUAUAGACCUGCAAGAAAAUCAGUUUGGAAGAUAUGACUUGAACAUCACCUUUUAUGAUUCCUCAUCAUUCUUGCAGCAAGUGCACAGCUCUCCAUACUACGUUGACUUGAACCAAAAUUUGUACCUUCAAGCUUAUCUUCACAGCUCUGACCCAAAUCUGUCUGUGUUUGUGGACACAUGUGUGGCAUCUCCUGAUCCUCAAGAUUUUAACACUCUGGUCUACAAUAUCAUCAAGGAUGGCUGUGUUCAAGACUCUUCCUACACCACAUACAACUCCCCCAGCAGCCACUUUGCUCGCUUCAAGUUCAAUGCCUUUGAGUUCAUGAACCACCACAGUUUGGUUUACCUGAGGUGUGAGCUGGUGGUCUGCAGGCUCCAGGACCAUUCCUCCCACUGCUACCGGGGCUGUGCCAGGAGGUUCAAGAGAGAUACAAGUUCUGCUGAGGAAAAAGUCAGUGUGGUUGUGGGACCCCUUCAGCUUCGUGAAGGGAGUGCUCAGAGUAGCAGUACUGGUAAAGCCAAAUAAAUAUCCCUUGUAUUUCCUCUCAGACCACUUAGGUCUUUAUCUACAAUGCACCAUUACAGUGCUUGAGAACACUUUUGUAAUCCCAGCACUUCUUAAGUGAUUAAGAAAUAUUUUCCACAUUCGUGUCACAAGCUGCUUGGUACAAUCAUUGCAUCAUUUUUCUCCUCUUUGUUUCUCUUCUCUCACCCUUCUAGGACCAUUUAUCUCAAGCUUCACCAUUUUGUGAGCUGGAGAAAAAAAAAUGAAUGAGGCAUCAAUAAGUGUUUCAAGGUUUUUUAAAUGGAAAGGAGAUUUAAUCUGGAUAAAAGUAGUAAGCCAUGUCUGGAAAGGAAAUGUAAAAAAUUAUCUUACCAGGAUAUCUGAAAUUGUGGCUAUGCAGUGUUCUAAUUAUUUUACUCUUAAUGCUAAAUUACUCAUUGAUAUAAUGAUAGAUCUGUGCUUAUUUAUAAAAUGCAGAGAUUUCCAAGCUAAUCUGUUACAUGAGCAGUGCAAUUCCAAAUCAAAGGAGGGAAUAUUUCGAAAGCAAUAAUUCUAUUUUGUCUUUCAAAGACUCUGUGAUUAAAAUACAAAGAACUAUUUUAC